AUGCAGGAUCCUGUCUCAGUCACUCGAAGCGACUUUAAGAUCGCCGUCGAGCCCAUUUUUGAGCCUCCGUUGGGAGAUCACCCAGAUGGAGAGGCGAUUAGCUUUGUAUUUCUGAUCAGUUUGUCUGUGACUUUUGCCGUCCUGAUGGUCAUGCUGAUCAUAGUAGCGGUGUAUGUGACGUUUUGCAGUGCAGACGAGGCUGAAUACGACGGGGAAGUCGCGUCUGCGAUGCCCAAUAUUUUUCGAAAGAAACGCAGUGGGGUGUUGUUGGAUGGCUCUUUCCUGGCACCAGGGCAGUUCGAUGAUGAGCAAGCACUCUUGGAACAAGAAGCUACAGAGCUGCCUCGAAUGUCGAGAUUCGAAGUGGAAUUGUAUCGACGGUCUAGGGAAUUUCAAAAAAUGUGCCCCGCAAACAUCAAAGAGUUUGGCACGUACACCAAUGUCAGCGAUAAGCAAUUUAUCAAGGAUCGUGGUAUUCAAAGUUACUAUUUUUUGCCCUCCAUCAACGAUAACGUUGACCAGUUCGGUAAUUUCCUACCCAGUUUCAUCGUCCAAGAUAAGCUCGACAUUCUCUUUACUAAAUUCAACAAAAGUGCCUCUACCAUCAUGAACUAUCCGCUGCCUCAUAACAAGAAAGAUGCGGUGUAUUUUGAAGUCAAGGUAUUCAAAUUUCCAAGCAAGCCAAAUUCCAUUUUCAGUUGCGGAUUAGUAACAUGUCCUUAUCCUUACUUUCGAUUGCCUGGAAUGGCACAGUUUUCCAUAGCUUAUGAAUCCACUGGUAAACUGCGAAUGAACAACCCAUUCUAUGCUAACACGCUGCUACCCAAACUCCAGGAAGGUGAUAUCGUUGGGUUUGGCUACCGUUACAGAACCGGCGCCAUUUUCAUUACCCAUAAUGGCAAAAAGCUUAUGGAUCUAACGCACAAUGUUGGCAUCGAUUUAUUUGUGGGCGUUGGUGCAAUGAAUGCGGCUUAUACGAGAACUUAUACCCGCGAAGGCCUGCUGGAAGAUUGCGAUAACGUUUCGUUGCGAGAACGGAUCCUAGCCAGCGAUCUAGAUCAAAAAGCUCCUCGUGCCAUCAAUGAACAGCUGGAAAUGAUACAUGACCCUAAGGAGGCCGAUCUGGUAUCGGAUGAGAUCGAGCUGCACGUUAACUUGGGCCAACUUGGAUUCGUUUACGUGGAAGCGAACGUGAAGAAAUAUGCAUUCGGCAGCGUGUAUGGAGAUAUUGGAGUUCCGCCUGCGUAUAAUGGUGAUGAAAUCAAGAAGGAUGUGGUGUUGCAAAAGGGAGAAGAACUGCCCCCUAAGUAUCCCAGCGAAGAGCUGGCACCGAUGCCCAGCAGCUCGAUCACGAUUCAGGAAGGAGAACCUAGCUCUGUUGAUAUCGAAGGGUACGAGCGGGACUCGUCUAGUUUCGACAGAAACAACAACGAGGCCGGGGAACAGCAGAAGCCGAAGAACGCCAAGAAAAGAAGCCGUAAGAAGCGCGGGAAACGAGGCGGUAAGCGAGCCAACCGGUCGUAG